GCGGCGUCUGGGCGGAUGGAGGCUACGCGGAGGUCGCGGCUGAGUCUGAGCCGCCGGAAGCCCCUCUCGGGGGCCAGGCCUCCGAGCAAUCCCUCCGGGUCCCUCCCGGACGGCAGCGAGUGCGCGAAGCUGUGGACUCAGUUGCUGCGCACCGCAAGCGCAGACCUGAACGUGAACGGCGAGCUGCCGCCGCUGCCCGCCUUCCCCGGCCAGGAGCCCAGCCGCAGCCCUGAGCGCCCGCCCCCGGAAAGAUUCACCGUGGGAACCGAGACCUUCUUCUGGACGCCUUUCCCGCCGCCCCCGCCGGGGCGAGGCAGGGACUCGGGCGGCUCCGACCUUGUGCUCAGCGCGGUCCGGGGGCGCACGGGGUCCCCCCAAAAACACCCUGCGCCCCAGCUCCGCGGAACCCCCAGCGCUGAGGAGCAGCCGUCGGAGGAGCAGCCCUCCCAGCGACAGCUGUCCGUGGACGCGGCGACAACCCUGCAGAGCUGUCCCAUGUGCCAAGUCGACUUCGCCCCCGGGCUGGCGCAGCUGGAUGUUGACAGCCACCUGGCCCAGUGCCUGGCAGACAGCACGGACGACAUAGAGUGGUGAGCAGCCUGGCCAGUGCCUCCCCUGCCCUGGCUGGGCCGCCUCCUCUCUGCUGUGUCCCCAAAAGCUGCAUAUUAAAGUGCCUUGGUGUGAAGUGCUCAUGUCCCAUCUCUUUGUGUUGAUACUGAAACAUUGAGUCCUUUUUCCUUUUUUGCUGAUGCUGAGCGAUGUGAUGACUGAGGUGGACAGAGCCACCCAGCAGACGGACCAACCCCAGGUAAACCUGCUCCUGCAGCUGCAGGGAUGCAGAGCAGCCCCUGGAAUUUGCGGAGAGGGAUCAGGUCCGUCUGCUGACAUCCUGUGUGAGCUUUGUCUCAGUGGCCCUGUGCAGGGGGGACUUCUCUCCUGUGCCGUCAGUCCACAGGUUCUGGAAGAGCCUCAUCUCCAGCUCAGCCAUGGCUGCAAAAGUCUAAGGUUACCAUCCAGAAGUCAGUAUUUUCAAGAAAGGCUUCAGGCAAGCCAUGAAAAGACAUGGAGGAAAACUCUGUGCACACGGUACACUGAAAGGCUACAAGCUGAGCAAUUCUAACUCUAGGCUGUUCUGGAAAAGGCAGAACGCAUGGAGACAGCAAAAAGAUCAGUGGUUAUCAGGGAUUAGUGGGGAGAGGGUAUAAACAGGCAGAGCACAGAGGAUUCUUAGGGCAGAAAAACACUUUAUGACCUGACGUGUCAGUGCAGCCUCUCGUUUGCAAGAAGUGCACCCCCUGGGAAUGUAACGGGGGGAGAAGGGGUCUCUCUCUUCCUCCCCACCAGAAAUGGAAGUGAGGGACCUAAAACUGCUCUGAAAAAUAAAACUUGUUUUUAAAAAUCA